GUUAUAAACUGUCAAAAACUUUAUAAACUUGCCGCUUUGGUCACGUUGGUCACGUUUUACCAAUUUUAUUAAUUAUAAAUAUUAUUUUAUUACUUUAAAUAAACGAAAGCAAAAAUGUCUUACGAUAAAAAACUAGUUGAUCUAGCAAUUAAACUAUUUUCGAUUGAUGCUGUAAAGUUUGGAGAGUUUACGACAAAGAGCGGCAUCAAAACACCUGUUUAUUUUGAUUUGAGGGUUAUAGUCAGCUAUCCUGAUGUUAUGGAAUCUAUAUCAAACCUGUUACUGGAAGUUGCAAUGAAAGAUCUGAAAUAUGACCACGUGUGUGGUGUCCCGUACACAGCUUUACCCAUCGCUACAAUCCUCAGCGUACUGACUAAGAAGUCUAUGCUCAUGCGAAGAAAAGAAACAAAAGCAUAUGGAACUAAGAAAUCCAUCGAGGGCCAUUAUAAAGCUGGCCAGUCAUGCUUAAUAGUCGAAGAUGUUGUUACUUCUGGGUCCAGCGUGUUGGAAACAGUCCGAGAUCUACGUAAAGAAGGAUUGGUAGUCACAGACGCAGUUAUUAUAUUGGAUCGGGAACAAGGAGGCAGCAAAAAUCUUGAAGUUGAUGAUGUGCAAGUCAAGUCAUUGUUUACGAUGUCCUCUCUGAUUGACAUUCUGGUGAAAAAUGGAAAGAUUACUGAGGAAACCGUGACUAAAGUGAAGUUGUACUUGAAAGAGACUCAAGCUCCAGUCAUUGAAAAGCUGUUGGACAGAAUGUCGCUGACUUAUGAAAAGCGAGCUGAACUUGCUAAAAAUGGGGUGGCUAAACAGCUAUUCAGUAUAAUGGCAACAAAGAAAACCAACUUGUGUCUAUCAGUGGACUUGACAUCGGCUACGAAGAUCCUGGACCUUCUGGAAAAAGUUGGCGAACAUGUUUGUCUUGUGAAGACUCAUGCAGACAUCAUUGAAGACUACACUGGUGAUUUCAUUACCAGAAUCAAACAACUGGCUGAGAGAUUCAACUUUUUAAUACUAGAGGAUAGAAAAUAUGCUGAUAUUGGCCAUACUGUCUCUCUACAGUAUUCCAAAGGCCUGUACAAAGUAGGGGACUGGGCGGAUUGUGUAACUGCCCAUUCUUUGCCUGGUGAAGGCAUACUGAAAGCCCUCAAUUCAUCAAAUGGUGUCAAUCGAGGAGUCUUCUUACUGGCUGAAAUGAGCAGUGAGGGAAAUCUAAUAACACCGGAUUACAAAGAGGCAACAGUGGCCAUGGCAUCAAAAUACCCUGAAUUGAUUACUGGUUUUGUUUGUCAAAACAAAGACACCUUCAAGGAUCCAGGUCUUAUACAGCUGACUCCAGGAGUGCAGCUGGAGAGCAGCAAAGAUGAUUUGGGUCAGGUGUACAAUACUCCGGAGAAGGUCAUCUUGGAGAAAGGAGGUGAUGUAAUAGUUGUGGGGAGAGGCAUUGUGGCGGCCAAAAGCCCAGAAGCCCAAGCAGUCAUUUACAAAGAUACUCUGUGGAAAUGUUACAUGAAAAGAGUCUCUGGGAAACUAGAGUAAAAGAAAAAAUUGUAUUCCUUUGGUGUGCUAUCUAUUAUUAUGUUACAGAAAACUUUUACAUUUCGUUAAGACAUAUCAUGUUAUUAUAAGUUUAUGAAUGUUGUUACAGAAUUGUGUAUAUCCCAGUUAUUUAGCAUGUGUUUUGUAUAAGGGACCAAUAUGUUAUUGUGAUAAAAUAAGGUUGUAGAAUAAUAACUUUGUGGUGCUAAAACAACCAAUUUAUAGUGCCUUUACAUUCCUACAUAGGUGUUAUAACACCAAAAUAUUCCGACGUUUUCAUAGAGUAUAAGCAAAAGGAUUGUAUUCAUGUUAUAAUAAUAACUAUAUAAUUUCACCUAAAA